UGGAUCUUCGGUCUGCGAGUGCAAUACUUUCUUUCGACGGCGAACGCACACUAUGCCGCCAAAGCGUCGCGCCCCAACUACGAAGACCGCGCUCACCACCAAAAGACCCUCCAAGCUUGCGAAGGAGAACCGGUUGACUGCCGACCAGGAAGCCGAAAUCCGAGAGGCGUUUAGCUUAUUUGCGAUACAUCAUCCGCAACACGAAGAUUCGGAGGAGGGUGUGCUACGAAGAGAUGACGUGCGGCGGUGUUUGAUAUCCCUAAACCUCGGGCCUGAUAAACCAGAACUUCCCUCCAUCCUCUCAACAAUCGACCCCCUGAACUCCGGCUUCGUGCCCUUCGUCCCAUUCCUCUCUUAUGCCGCCAUAGCUAUGCAUUCGAAAGUCGAAGGGUCUGACGAGGACGACGAUGAAGAUGAGUACCGAGAAGAGAGUAAUGCAGAAGAGGUCAGAGCCGCAUACAAGCUUUUCACGCAUGGCGGACCUGGACCCAUUACCCUAGCACAUUUAAGGAGAAUCGCGAAGGAAUUGAGAGAGGACGUGCCGGAUGAGGUAUUGAAGGAUAUGAUACUCGAGGCAAACGGAGGGGUGAAUGGCAAGGGGAGGGGAAGGGAUGUUGGGGGCGUGGGGUUGGAGGACUUCGAGAAUGUUAUGAAGAGGGCUGGGUUGACUUUUGGGUGA